AAAAUGGGAAGGUCUAAACGGAACGAAAUAUUUGAAAGAUAGUCUGAAGUUAAAUAAGAUGUUAAAAGACAUGAUUACAAAUUUUGUUUCUGAGUGUAGUUUUAAUGCAAGUAGGCUGUUGCAAGUUGUUGGAAUAUUAAAUGGGGAACAGAUUGCAAACGAUCGUGAUGGACACAACAUUUCCCGUGUUAAACGUGGCAAAAUUUAA